UCAGCAAGGGAGUGGAAAUCAGUGUGUGACAUUUACCAGCGGUUUAACAUCACCGUAGGCUGGGGAAAGGAAAAAAGAACGGGACUUGUGUAGCGGCAACAACGGAUAUUUUAUUAUUUUUACAACAGAAGUGGACCAAGACGAAGAGCCUAACAACGGUGCCCCAAAGAGUACUUUGUAUUACUGGCUGUCCCUGAAAGGGUAUUUUAAUCAGGUGAAGAAAAGAAGUAAUUAAAAGCAGCCGCCAUGGUGGCCUUGUCAUUGAAGAUCAGUAUUGGAAAUGUGGUGAAAACUAUGCAAUUUGAACCUUCUACUGUAGUGUAUGAUGCCUGCCGCAUUAUACGAGAGAGGGUUCCUGAAGCACAAAUUGGCCAACCUAAUGAUUACGGGCUAUUCCUGUCAGAUGAAGAUCCAAAGAAAGGGAUAUGGUUGGAGGCUGGAAAAGCCCUUGAUUAUUACAUGUUGAGAAAUGGGGAUACUUUGGAGUACAAGAAGAAGCAGAGGCCCCUUAAAAUUAGGAUGCUUGAUGGAACAGUCAAAACGGUUAUGGUUGAUGACUCUAAAACUGUUAGUGAUAUUCUAAUGACAAUCUGUGCAAGAAUAGGCAUCACAAAUUACGAUGAAUAUUCACUUGUCCAUGAUAUUGGGGAAGAGAAAAAAGAAGAAUACACAGGAACUCUUAAAAAGGACAAAACUCUUUUAAGGGAUGAUAAAAAGAUGGAAAAGCUAAAACAGAAACUCCAUACUGAUGACGAUUUAAAUUGGCUAGAUCAUGGUAGAACACUGCGCGAACAGGGUGUUGAAGAAACAGAAACACUUCUUCUGAGGAGAAAAUUCUUCUACUCUGACCAAAAUGUGGAUUCAAGAGAUCCAGUGCAGCUCAACUUGCUAUAUGUGCAGGCUCGAGAUGAUAUCCUUAAUGGUUCCCAUCCAGUCUCCUUUGAAAAAGCCUGUGAAUUUGCAGGAUAUCAAUGUCAGAUUCAAUUUGGAGAUCAUAAUGAGCAAAAACACAAGCCUGGAUUUUUAGACUUGAAAGAGUUUCUGCCAAAAGAGUACAUUAAGCAAAAAGGAGAAAAAAAAAUCUUUCAGGCUCAUAAAAACUGCCAAAAUAUGACUGAAAUUGAAGCAAAAGUAAGCUAUGUAAAGCUAGCAAGAUCUCUGAAAACCUAUGGAGUGUCAUUCUUUUUAGUAAAGGAAAAAAUGAAGGGCAAGAAUAAACUAGUACCCCGCUUGCUUGGAAUCACAAAGGAAUCUGUAAUGAGAGUAGAUGAGAAGACCAAGGAAGUGAUACAGGAAUGGAGUCUUACUAACAUUAAGAGAUGGGCAGCUUCACCAAAGAGCUUCACUUUGGAUUUUGGUGAUUAUCAGGAUGGUUACUAUUCAGUUCAGACAACUGAAGGGGAACAGAUUGCACAGCUUAUUGCUGGCUAUAUAGAUAUUAUUCUAAAAAAGAAAAAGAGUAAAGACCACUUUGGUUUAGAGGGAGAUGAGGAAUCAACUAUGUUGGAGGACUCUGUGUCACCAAAGAAAUCAACAGUUAUGCAACAGCAGUUUAACCAGAUUGGUAAGGUAGAGCAUGGUUCUGUGGCACUGCCAGCCAUCAUGCGCCCAGGAGCUGGAGGACCUGAGAGUUUCCAAGUGGGCACAAUGCCACAGGCUAAGCAGCAAAUUACAAGUGGGCAGAUGCACCGUGGGCACAUGGCUCCACUGUCAUCUGCUCAACAAGCUUUGAUGGGGACAAUCAACUCCAGUAUGCAGGCUGUGCAGGCUGCACAGGCUACCCUAGAUGAAUUUGAGACGUUGCCUCCACUUGGACAAGAUGCUGCCUCCAAAGCAUGGCGAAAAAACAAAAUGGAUGAAUCAAAACAUGAGAUACAUUCUCAAGUUGAUGCAAUCACUGCUGGGACAGCGUCCGUGGUAAAUCUUACUGCAGGUGAUCCAGCAGAUACAGAUUACACAGCAGUAGGGUGUGCGGUGACCACCAUUUCUUCCAACUUAACUGAGAUGUCCAAAGGUGUUAAACUUCUUGCUGCUCUUAUGGAGGAUGAGGGUGUUAAUGGGCACCAGCUACUGCAUGCAGCCAAAAAUCUUGCAUGUGCCGUGUCUGAUAUGUUAAAGACAGCGCAGCCCACAAGUACUGAGCCUCGUCAGAAUUUACUACAGGCAGCAGGAAAUGUUGGACAAGCCAGUGGUGAUUUACUACAGCAGAUUGGCGAGAGUGAUGCAGACCCCAGAUUCCAGUUUCUUUUAGGUAAAGGAAUGCUCAGGGAAACAACACGGAAUGUCUCUCCUAAUAGUCAAAGGAUGGACAUGCUGAUGCAGCUUGCCAAGGCAGUAGCCAAUGCUGCAGCUGCCCUGGUGCUAAAAGCCAAAAAUGUUGCCCAGAAGACCGAGGAUUCAGCCCUACAGAAUCGUGUGAUAGCUGCUGCAACACAGUGUGCCCUGUCAACUUCUCAACUGGUGGCAUGUACUCGGGUUGUUGCACCCACUAUUAGUUCACCAGUGUGUCAGGAACAGCUUAUUGAAGCAGGAAAACUGGUGGCCAAGUCUGUAGAAGGAUGUGUUGAGGCAUCACAUGCAGCAUCAAAUGAUGAACAGCUACUGAAGCAGGUGGGAGCAGCAGCGACAGGGGUAACUCAGGCCCUUAAUGACUUGCUCCAGCACAUUAAGCAUUACGCCACAGGCCAGCCAAUUGGUCGGUAUGAUCAGGCAACUGACACCAUCCUUAAUGUCACGGAGAACAUCUUCAGCUCAAUGGGUGAUGCAGGUGAAAUGGUGAGGCAGGCUCGGAUUCUGGCCCAGGCAACCUCAGAUCUGGUUAAUGCAAUUAAAGCUGAUGCUGAAGGCGAGUCAGAUCUAGAAAACUCCCGCAAGCUGCUUUCAGCAGCUAAGUUACUUGCUGAUGCAACUGCCAAAAUGGUAGAAGCUGCUAAGGGUGCAGCUGCCAACCCAGACAGUGAAGAGCAGCAGCAGAAACUACGAGAGGCAGCUGAAGGACUGCGCAUGGCCACAAAUGCAGCGGCACAGAAUGCGAUCAAAAAGAAACUAGUCCACAAAUUAGAGAAUGCAGCAAAGCAGGCUGCCGCCUCAGCCACUCAAACAAUUGCAGCAGCUCAGCAUGCCGCCUCCUCCAAUAAGAAUCCUGCAGCUCAGCAGCAGCUUGUUCAAAGCUGCAAGGUGGUUGCAGAUCAGAUUCCAAUGCUGGUUCAGGGAGUUCGGGGAAGUCAAUCUCAGCCUGACAGUCCCAGUGCUCAGUUAGCGCUCAUUGGUGCCAGCCAGAACUUCCUUCAGCCAGGUGCAAAGAUGGUUACUGCUGCAAAGGCCACAGUUCCUACAAUUAGUGACCAAGCCUCAGCUAUGCAGCUUAGUCAGUGCGCAAAGAACUUGACUGCUGCUCUUGCUGAUCUCCGAACUGCAGCCUUGAAGGCUCAAGAGGCUUGCGGACCAUUAGAAAUUGACAAUGCACUCAAUGUAGUCCGAAACUUGGAAAAGGACAUGCAGGAAGCCAAAGCAUCAGCUGCUGAAGGAAAACUGAAGCCACUUCCAGGAGAAACAUUGGAGAAGUGUUCCCAGGACUUAGGAAACAGUACCAAGGCUGUGACAUCUGCUAUUGCUCAGCUGCUGAGUGAAAUAACCCAAGGAAAUGAGAAUUACACAGGUAUGGCGGCUAGAGAUCUAGCCCAGGCACUUCGGUCACUUAGUAUGGCCUCCCGUGGUGUUGCUGCCUGUACCUCUGAUCCACAAGCCUGUGGUGCUGUGCUAGAUUGUGCAACUGAUGUAAUGGACAAAUCAGCCAAUCUCAUAGAGGAGACCAAAAGAGCAGUGGCAAAGCCAGGAGACCCAGACAGCCAGCAGCGAUUAGCACAAGUUGCAAAGGCAGUGUCUCAAGCUUUGAACAGAUGUGUCAAUUGCCUACCUGGGCAGAGGGAUGUCGACAAUGCCAUUAGGACAGUAGGAGAAGCCAGCAAGAGACUGCUUGCAGAUUCAUUCCCUCCGAGUACCAAGAGUUUUCAAGAAGCCCAGGGUAACCUAAAUCGAGCAGCUGCUGGAUUGAACCAGUCAGCCAAUGAACUGGUACAGGCCUCCCGAGGUACAACACAAGACCUCACUCAAGCAUCUGGGAAGUUUGGCAAAGAUUUCAAUGAAUUUCUACAAGCUGGAGUGGAGAUGGCAGGACAAUCUCAGUCAAAGGAAGACCAGACACAGGUGAUUACAAACCUCAAGACAAUAUCUAUGUCUUCCAGUAAGCUUCUACUUGCAGCUAAAGCACUGUCUGCAGACCCAGCUGCUCCAAACCUUAAGAACCAGCUUGCAGCUGCAGCACGAGCUGUUACUGACAGUAUCAAUCAGCUGAUCACAAUGUGUACCCAGCAGGCUCCAGGACAAAAAGAAUGUGACAAUGCGCUACGAGAACUUGAGACUGUUCGAGGUAUGCUAGAAAAUCCUACAGAAGCAGUGAAUGACUUGUCCUAUUUUGAUUGCAUCGAUAGUGUGAUGGACAAUUCUAAGGUUCUUGGUGAAGCAAUGGCUGGUAUUUCUCAUAAUGCCAAAAACAGCAAUCUUCCAGAAUUUGGAGAUUCUGUCAGCUCAGCCUCAAAAGCUCUUUGUGGGCUUACUGAAGCUGCUUCUCAGGCUGCCUAUCUAGUCGGUGUUUCUGAUCCCAAUAGUCGAGCCGGGCAGCAGGGACUGGUGGACCCCUCCCAGUUUGCCAGAGCAAAUCAAUCCAUUCAGAUGGCAUGUCAGAAUCUUGUGGACCCAGCUUGUACACAGUCACAGGUUCUCUCAGCAGCAACCAUCGUCGCCAAACACACUUCUGCAUUGUGUAAUGCUUGCCGUCUUGCCUCCUCCAAAACGUCAAAUCCUGUUGCCAAAAGACAGUUUGUUCAGUCUGCAAAGGAAGUGGCCAACAGCACUGCUAAUCUUGUUAAGACAAUCAAAGCACUUGACGGCGCUUUUAAUGAAGAAAACCGAGAGAAGUGCAGAGCUGCCACUGGCCCAUUGAUUGAGGCUGUGGACAACUUGACUGCUUUUGCAUCUAACCCUGAAUUUGCUAGUGUUCCUGCUCAAAUAAGUCCAGAGGGACUCAAAGCAAUGGAGCCUAUAGUCAUUGCAGCCAAGACAAUGCUGGAAAGCUCAACAGGAUUAAUCCAAACUGCCCGAUCCCUUGCAGUCAAUCCUAAAGAUCCUCCCAAGUGGUCAGUUUUGGCUGGUCACUCAAGAACAGUCUCAGACUCAAUUAAGAAAUUGAUCACGAACAUGAGAGAUAAGGCUCCUGGCCAGAGAGAAUGUGAUGACGCUAUUGAAGUUCUUAAUAGGUGUAUUAGGGAUGUUGAUCAAGCAUCAUUAGCUGCCAUCAGCCAGCAGCUAACACCAAGGGAGGAUAUUUCACAUGAGGCUCUUCAUGACCAAAUGGCAGCGGCAGUACAGGAGAUCAGUAGCCUUAUUGAACCUGUCGCUGUAGCAGCAAGGUCUGAUGCAUCACAACUUGGCCACAAGGUGUCUCAAAUGGCAAGCUACUUUGAGCCUCUUAUCCUGGCCUCGAUUGGAGCUGCUUCUAAGAUUUUGAACAGCCAACAGCAAAUGAGUGUGCUUGAUCAAACCAAGACAUUGGCAGAAUCUGCACUGCAAAUGCUGUAUACAGCCAAGGAAGCUGGAGGCAAUCCUAAAGCGGCACACACACAGGAGGCUCUGGAAGAGUCUGUGCAAAUGAUGAAGGAGGCAGUGGAUGAUCUGACAGCAACUCUCGGAGAAGCUGCUAGUGCUGCAGGAGCUGUAGGAGGAAUGGUGGACUCAAUUUCACGUGCAAUUAGCAGGAUUGAUGAAGGUCCCAAUGAUGAACCUGAAGGAACCUUUGUUGACUACCAAACUACUAUGGUGAAAACUGCGAAAGCAAUCGCUGUCACUGUACAAGAAAUGGUUACAAAAUCCAACACCAAUCCUGAUGAGCUUGGUUCUUUAGCAAAUCAGCUCACAAGUGAUUUUGGACAGUUAGCACAGGAAGCUAAACCAGCAGCAAUUACUGCAGAAAAUGAAGAGAUUGGAUCUCAUAUUAAAAACAGAGUUCAGGAACUGGGUCAUGGAUGUGCCUCUUUGGUUACGAAAGCUGGUGCCCUACAGUGCAGCCCAAAUGAUGCCUUCACCAAGAAGGAACUAAUCGAGUGUGCACGCAAGGUCUCAGAGAAGGUGUCUCAUGUACUAGCUGCACUACAGGCUGGAAACCGUGGCACCCAGGCCUGCAUCACUGCUGCCAGUGCUGUCUCAGGAAUUAUUGCAGAUUUGGAUACCACAAUAAUGUUUGCAACGGCUGGUACACUCAACAGAGAGAAUGAAGAGACUUUUGCAGAUCACAGGGAAAACAUUCUUAAAACAGCCAAAGCUCUGGUGGAAGACACCAAAUUACUUGUUUCUGGAGCUGCAGCAAGUCAAGAGAAACUGGCUCAGGCUGCACAGUCAUCGGUAACAACAAUAACCAAACUCGCUGAGGUGGUCAAGUUGGGUGCAGCCAGCUUAGGAUCUGAAGAUCCAGAAACACAGGUUGUCUUAAUCAACGCUGUGAAAGAUGUUGCAAAAGCACUUGGCGACCUUAUUAGUGCUACUAAAGCGGCCUCUGGAAAGCCACAUGAUGACCCGGCUAUGUUGCAGCUCAAGAAUUCUGCCAAGGUAAUGGUGACAAAUGUGACUUCAUUGCUGAAAACCGUCAAGGCCGUGGAAGAUGAGGCCACUAAAGGAACUAGAGCCCUGGAAGCCACUAUUGAGCAUAUUAAACAGGAACUGGAUGUGUUUAACAGUCCUGAGCCUCCAUCUAAGACUGCCGCACCGGAAGAGUUUAUUCGUAUGACCAAAGGAAUCACAAUGGCUACAGCAAAAGCAGUGGCUGCUGGAAAUUCUUGCCGCCAGGAAGAUAUCAUAGCUACAGCUAACCUUAGUCGCAGGGCUAUCGCUGACAUGCUUCGCUCUUGUAAGCAAGCAGCCUAUCAUCCUGAAGUACAGAGAGAUGUGCAAACACGAGCUGUUCGAUACGGAAAGGAGUGCACUGUUGGAUACUUGGGAUUGUUGGAACAUGUGCUUGUUCCACUAAGUAGGAAGAACAAUGAUGUAAUACUUCAAAAGCCUUCUCAUGACUUGAAGCAGCAGUUAGCUGCUUAUUCCAAACGGGUGGCAGGGUCCGUCACAGAGCUCAUCCAGGCAGCUGAAGCCAUGAAAGGUACAGAAUGGGUGGAUCCAGAAGACCCCACAGUUAUUGCUGAAAAUGAAUUGCUAGGAGCUGCUGCUGCUAUUGAAGCAGCAGCCAAGAAACUGGAGCAGCUUAAGCCAAGAGCCAAACCCAAGCAAGCAGAUGAAAGCCUGAACUUUGAGGAACAGAUUUUAGAGGCUGCAAAAUCAAUUGCUGCAGCAACAAGCGCUUUAGUAAAAGCAGCCUCUGCUGCACAAAGAGAAUUAGUGGCCCAAGGAAAGGUUGGUGCUAUUCCAGCAAACGCAGUGGAUGAUGGACAGUGGUCUCAGGGUCUCAUUUCAGCUGCUCGAAUGGUUGCUGCAGCCACAAACAAUCUUUGUGAAGCAGCUAACUCUGCUGUGCAAGGUCACGCAAGUGAAGAGAAACUUAUUUCCUCAGCUAAACAGGUGGCAGCAUCAACAGCUCAACUUCUGGUAGCUUGCAAAGUGAAGGCUGACCAAGAUUCUGAGGCAAUGAAGAGACUACAGGCUGCUGGGAAUGCGGUGAAAAGGGCCUCUGAUAACCUGGUAAAGGCAGCACAGAAAGCUGCAUUUGAUGCACAUGAUGAGGAUGCCAGCGUUAUUGUGAAAAGCAAGAUGGUUGGAGGCAUUGCUCAGAUCAUUGCUGCUCAAGAAGAAAUGUUGCGUAAGGAGAGAGAACUUGAAGAGGCUCGAAAGAAGCUGGCAAUGAUCAGACAACAACAAUACAAGUUCCUGCCUUCUGAGCUCAGGGAGGAUGGACAGAACUGAACAACUACACUCCUGCCAUGUAUUUAUAUAUUUAGAGAAAUGUCUGUGACCUAGCUUCUCAGUUAGGACAUGUACAGUACUUUGAAGUUUAAAAAACAAAAAAAAAACAAAAAUCAAGAAUAGUACUAAAUGAAAUGUUUUAUACAAAAAGAAGAUUGAGAUGUUUCUAUGCAUUACAAUUGGUUAAAAAACAGAGCAAAGUAUAUCUAUUUUUACAAGAAUUAAAGAAUUAUUGUUAUAAAAUGCUAACUUGCAAAUAUGCAUUGUCAUAGUUGAGCACUAUCACUGUGAGGAGCUCAUCCUUCCUACUUUGUACUUAUAUGCAGUGAAUUUCUUUUAAAUUAGUCCAGUCUAUUAUCUUUCUUGUUGAAAUCAUAUAAAUUGCCAGACUAAUAAUCUGUGUUAGAAUUUACUCUGCUUUAAUUUGCAUGUUCUGUUUCUGAUGCAUUUUUCUUAAAGUAUGAUGCGCUCGUUUCUUGUAAAACUAUUAUUGUAUUAUAACUAAUAUAUUUAAUUGUUGCAACACAUUCAAGAGUAUAAAUUUACAUUUUUCGACAGCCUGAUUAUGAACUGCAGUCUACCAUAAGGAGGUGCUUCUAUUUAAUGGCAAAAUUAUGUAGUACCACCUGCUGGACCAAAAUAGAAUUGCAGUUCUUAAUUAGAAAAUGGCAGGUAAAUCGAGUAUUACACAGUCCGUAGUCCGUAGUCUGUAUCUGUGGAGUUCAGUUUUAUUUGUGUGUGAAUAUUCCAAAGAUGUUAGAAUGCAAGGUGUAUGGGGAGACUCGAGACGUCUUUACAUCCCAAGCCACGUUGCUGCAAUGAACAGACAUGGAAAGGGUUAAAUGUGCAAUGAAAAUAUCAUCAUUUAUAAAGAAAAAAUAAUUCACAGAAGUUUUGCAUAUCAUUAUUUAAAAAGAAAAAAGAAAUGUAAUAGCAGUAGCUUUCCUUUUAAGCCUUGUGUAAAUGUUCAAUUAUAACACUUUUUGUAUUUUUUGUUUUUUUUUUUUUUUUUCUCCAUUCUUUUAUAAUAUCUAUGUUCAUACAGGUACAUGCAGUGGGAUUAAUUUGUAAGUUUUGGGUAAUAAUAUGAAAGAGAGCUUUACAGUAUGAUUUGUGAAAUACAAAAAUGGUAUAUUUUUUUCCAUUUAAACAUUUAAUUACCAGGCUGUUAAUGAAAAGAAAAUCAUAUCUUUCAAAUAUCAAAUUAGCUUGGUGGGGUGAGAAAAACAUUGUAUAAACACUGAAACACUGUUUGUCUACAUUUGUGUUCUUGUUCUCGUUAAAUAGUAUGGUAAGCAGCCAAUUUUUAAUAUUUACUUUUUAAACUCUGCUGUACCCUUUCAUUAUCUUGGAGUCGGCCACCUUAUUGAGCACACAGAGCUCUCUAAAGCAGUGACGCCUGUCCUGUGGUGUAACUACGCGGCCUACAGAAUGUCCUGGGAUUCUGCUUUCACCGAAUUCUCUUUAAUGUUGUAUUUUGUUCCUUAUAAUAAGUUGCCUUAAACUUGCUAUUAAUUAUUAAGUGAACAAAGAUAAGAAUACCGUGUUUGAAUUGAGUGUCUGAAAUGGAUAAAUUCCUUAAAGCUCAACUGUUAGGACAUGUCUUUGUUUUUUUUUACUGAUCUAGCCUCAGUAUGUAACUGUGUUUUCAACAUAUCAAUGCAUAAAGUGCCUACAUACGUAUUUGUUUUAAUUCUUUGUUAUGUAGCUACUAACUUGUCGGUCUAUAAGUGCACUUAUCAAGAUGUUUAACUGAACAAGGGUCACAUAAUUUGGCUUUUAAAAUGCAUUCUCACUGAUCUGUUACACAUUUUGUUUCUUUGUUAAUUCUACAUGUAUAGCCUUAUAUUCAGCUUAUAAAAACACUGAAAAGCCUGCAGUGUUUAAGAAUUUUUUUUAUUUUAUUUUUUUUUUUUAUCUGUGCUGCUUCUUCUCACACAAGUGUGACAGAUAAUUCAUUUAUUGUACACGGUUUUCAUAUAAUUGCCUUCUUUUUUUCAGUCUAUAAACUUAUUAUGGAAACCUCCUUCCUCCCAUUAAAAUGUGGACUUUUUUGUUUAUUGAAAAUUAAUAUGGUUAAUAAACUUGCUUUCACAUA